AUGAAGCUCAAGCAAAGGGCGGAAGCAGCAGAACAACGUCAAGGGGUGGUAAACUCUACAGAGCCCAGUCCACCGUUAACCCAACGGCGACAGGACCUUCAGCGCCGCGAACUGCUGAGGAAUUCUCUGGAAGAGGCUACCUCGAGUAUGUCAGAACUAGUUUCAUACUCACGUAACAACAUCAGCACGAAUCGAAGUCGAGACGUUGAGCGUGCCCAAGACAAACAGGUGGCGGACUCCAACAAUGGCCCAGGAACCAUAAACCAGCUCGACAAAAGCCCCGGUCAUGGUCGCCCACCGCUACAUCAAGGACUCAACGAGGAAAGGAUAGCAACAAAGGACUUUUCGUCCAAAGUGUCCUCUGUGGAGAAAGCGGACAGGCCUCGAUCUUGGUCGCUCCCCGCCUCUCACGAUGCUACUAGUUUCGAAGAGCCCAACCCCGAUGAUUUCUACGGGGAUUCAUCCACCCUCUCCUUCAUGCAAGCUGUCCAAACAACAAUCAUCUCAAACUCGUCUCCGGAUUCGGUGUCGCCAGACUCGAAUUACAGAAGUGGAGCCAAACCACGCCCGACCCGAGCAGUCUCAUUCCGAUUUGGCGUUGAGAAUUGCUUACCUCAAAGGUCUCUUGCUGACGACCUGGUCAAUUCCUACUUCCGCUACGUCCAUAUCCUGUAUCCCUUCUUACAUCGGCCUUCAUUUGAGGCUCAAUACGAACGCACCUGGGUCUCAGGAGAACAACAAGACGAUCAGUGGUUGGCAAUGCUGAAUGUCAUUUUCGCUCUUGGGAUCCAUUUCGCAUAUGGACAGGAAGACAAAUCUGCAGCGAGCGAUAGGUUCUUUGGUUAUGCGCAGAAGCUCGUCUCAAUGGAGCAAUUUGCUCACGCAAAUCUGCAAACACUUCAGCUUCUUCUGCUCAGCGGUCUCUACUAUCAAUCUACCAGUCGUCCGAACCAGACAUGGAACGUGAUAGGGUUAGCCAUAAGGAUUGCCACAACCAUUGGAGCCCACGUUGAUCCAAUGCCGUCACAAUACAAUCCCUUGCAGAUUGAAAUACGGAGAAGAUGCUGGUACGGGUGUAUUGUCCUCGAUUCAGUUUUGGCGCUGAACUUUGGACGUCCCACUGCCAUUCCAAGUACCUUUGGUGUCUCACUUCCUUCGAACCUCGACGAUGAGUAUAUCACGGAAGAAGGUUACCUCGAACAGCCCGAGCACGUUCGACCCAAGAUAACGGUCUUUAUCAAAUCAGUGGCUUUCUGCUCCAUCAUGAAGGACGUAUUAUACACUCUCUAUUCACCCCUCAACGGUUCUGGUCACCAGCAUAGUGGCAAGGCUUCUGCGCCUCCCGAAUUCAAGGACGCGGUCAACCUGGACAAGAGCCUGGUCGAGUGGUUUCGAGGGCUUCCAGAGUACUUGAAAGUAGGGGCUUUGGACGAGAUGGAGGAAUUUCGGAGAACCAGAAAUAUCCUCCUUGCCAGGCAAGCCAGCCAGUCGUCUGCUGCCGCGGAGCCGGUUUACCUUGCCCCCCUUGACAACUCCCUUCACGCCAUGUGUGUCACGGUGUGCAAGUCAGCCGCCGUUCAAUUGGUGAAUGUCAUUAGCAACAACUAUUAUCAAGGACUGUCUAGCGCGUGGUGGACUGAUAUGAACUCAACAGUACUGCUAGCCAUCGAAUACGAAUGCGAAGACCCGGAAGAGAGUGACGCGACCGAAAGUGCUUUUGAACAAUCCCUCAUAAUCCUGGGCGAAAUGCAAGGCCGCUCGUCCAUGGCAUCCUCAUAUGUCACCAUGUUGAAAAAGGCAAAGGAAGCUCAAGAAUCAGCGCAAAUCGCGCCGUUGGCCCCUACUUCAUCGCCCCGAGCACGUUCGAAUAAUGCGCCUCCGCGGAAUUCUUCAUCGACUUCUGAAAUCGUGUCUGGUGGGAUCAACCUGGAAGAAUUUUUGAAAGAUGACACCAGAGCCGAUGCUCCUUUCCCGUCUUGGAACAUGCAGGACUUUUUCUUGGUCCCUUGGGAUAUGAUGAUGGUUGAUAACCCUAUGCCUACGUUUCAAUCUUGA